UUAAAAACGGACUGAUUUAAUUAUUUUUUAUAUUAAUUACUUCAAAACAGUGUAACUGUUUAUUUUGAAAACAUUUUCUGUAUCUUGCUUUCAUAAAAUAUAUUAGGGGAUAACUUGUCAAAACGGUGGCAAGCACUUCAAGUGACGAAAGACUUUCCUUCCUUUCAUCUGUCAGUCGUAACGUUUCACUGUGCAAUAUCUCCGACAUCGUUUUGAUGGAAAAAUAAUGCCAGUUAAAGUCGAUAUCACUCCACCGCCACCAGCUAACUCCAAACAGCCUGGUGUAACGAAGUCUCUGCUGUAUAACGGCUCUAAAUUUCAAGGACAUCAAAAGAGUAAAGGAAAUUCAUAUGAGGUUGAAGUGGUUUUGCAGCAUGUUGAUGAAGAAAAUUCUUAUUUAUGUGGUUAUUUAAAAAUAAAAGGAUUGACAGAAGAAUUUCCAACGUUAACCACCUUUUUUGAUGGAGAAAUUAUAUCAGCUAAGUACCCCUUCCUAACGAGAAAAUGGGAUGCAGACGAAGAUGUAGAUCGAAAGCAUUGGAGUAAGUUUGACUUAUUUGUCCCAUAUCUGAAAACGUUUAAUUCAGAUUCAUUUGAUUACGACUCUCUUGCCAAGGCUGACUAUGUGUUUAUGAGAUGGAAGGAACACUUCUUGGUUCCGGAUCACACAAUCAAGGAUAUAAAUGGUGCUUCAUUCGCUGGUUUCUACUAUAUAUGCUUCCAUAAAUCAGCUGCAACUAUAGAAGGUUACUACUACCACCGGAGCUCGGAGUGGUAUCAAUCUUUGACUUUAAGUCAUGUUCCUGAACACAGCAUCCAAAUCUACGAGUUCAGAUGAAGUGGCGUGUGGCAACAUUGAAACUUGGAUUUAUACUUGUGUCCGCUAGUACUUACUUGUUCAUUAAGUCUUCAGUCAAAAAAGACAAGGUUAAGAAUGUUAAGUUUUUUCAGUAAUGUAAGUUAAAGAUGUGAGGGCGAAUUAGUAUUUUCAUUUGAUCCAGGCAGAACAAAACAUCCCAGUAAAGUUAUUUUACUUGUAAUGAACAAUUCAGUAUGUUAGUCGGAUCUUGCAUAUACUUCUGUAUAAUGACUGUUUAUUUUGACUACUGGCUGAUUGUAGAUAUGUUAUGUUGAAAACUCAAUACUCUUUAUAUUAUUUGUAUGUAGUGACAUGGUGACUUAUGAUUUAUUGGCCAAUAAGAACCUUACGAUGAAAUCAAAAGGCUCUUUAAUGCUAAGUUUUGUUGUUAUUGUGAUAUUUUGUACAAAUUACUUGUGUAUAAGUAGACUUUAUACAUACUGUAUUGUUUUGUAUCAUUUUAUUGUGCAUAAUUUUUUCAGCAGAGUUACCUUUUAUUGCUUGUGUAAAAUAAGUAUAUGCAAGUCCAGAGAACUUACAGGGAAUCUCUAUAACUUGAACAAGUUUAUAAUCAAAGUGGAACCGUAGGAAUUAAUUCAGCAAUGUUAUUGAUAAAAUUGAAUAUUUUUUUUCAAUAAAAUAUCUUACAGUGAA